ACAAAACAUGUGAAAGUCACCGAAAGUCAAAGGGGACCCUUCCAAACAAAACGAGGCCUAAAACUACCUGUUUAACCGGACAGAUUUUACCAUAAAUUUGCUAAAGAGAUACAGGAUGGAAGGAGAUAAUGCUAGAAGAAAUUUGAGGGAUUUCUUGUCAAUGUACAACCAGUUUACAGAGACAUGUUUUACACGCUGUGUUCAGAAUCUCAACUACAGGGUUCUUACACCUGCUGAGGAUUCAUGCACCAGUAACUGUAUCUCCAAGCUGAUCAAUGUGAAUCACAGAGAAAUCUCAACUUACAUGGAAAUCAAUCCAUUAAACAGAAGACUGAAUGAGAUGAACUCUGAAGAAGGGCUCCAGCCCGAGACCCCUGACCUCGCCCUGGAAGUAGAAAAGGUGAUCGGGAAGGAUGCCAUUAUAACAUUACCCAGCGAGACUGAGUCGGUAGCAGAGAGCAGUGAGGCUGCCCAUAUUACCCCCACUGCUUUGGAUGGUGAUGUGAACCAGAACAGUGCAACGAUGAUGAACCCUGAUGUAACAUCAGUUGAGGCUGACGAGACAUGAUGAUCUUGUGAACUUGAUUGGACUUGUGUUGAUAUACAGAUAUAUUGUAGAUGUUUAUAAUGCUAUAUAUUGCUAUGGCACCAUGAGCCAUGCAAGGAAUGUCUUGAAAGCAUCCACCUUAUUGAAUGAUAAAAUAAUAUGUGCACAUUUUUGAUAUAUGAAAAUUGAAAUAUUGAAACAUUAUUUGAAUAUUUCCAUUUCUAGAUGCCUAGAUGGUGUCUAGGAUCUGUUCUGUUCUGAUCUAUAUUCUGCCCAUUGAUUUGACCAUAGUCACCAUACCCACGAUUUCACUAUUGUUUUUUCUUAGAAAAAUCAUAAACAUUUGAAUUCCAUAUUCAAGAACAAUAUACUGUAAAUCUAAUGCAUUAUAGGCAGCUAUCCAAAGGGGAAAACUACCUUUUUUGUAGAGUUUUGAUAUAAAUGCACAUAUGAAUCUUUUUCAUAGCCCAUUUUAUAAAUGUCUUGUAAUAUGAACUGGGAAGUACCUUGUUGCUGCAUUAUUUAAUAUCUCUAUACACCCUUGACUGACCUACACUUGAUGAAAAAGUCUGAGAAGUAAGGGACUGGAGGGGGGAGGGGAUGGUAUUAAAGGCCCGGUUUUGGGGUCUUUAUGUGUGCCUAAAGUAUAUGCUCCUUUCUCCAAUUCAGGAUUCUGAUAUAAUUCUCUUCAGUCUUAAUUUUUGUCUCCAAUUUUAAGUAAAGGAGGUGCUAUAAAUGGGAUAUGGUAUAGAUUCAUAGAGACUGUUGACACAGCAGAUCCUUAAAACUCCAUGGCAGUAAAACAGUGGAAUACAAAGAAGCAGGACUGUAUAGGUUUCUUGUUUUAAUUAGUUUGUUUGAACAAUGUUUCGCUGUACUGCCACAGUUUAUUGCAACUUCUUUUUCUAAUAAUGUUGUUUAACUUUAACAUGUGAUUUUGAAUAUAUUCCAAACUGAAUAAUAAUUGUAAUAGCACAUUUAAACUGCUUCUGAUGAAGGAAGAAAAGUGUAUCAAGAUCGGCUACAGAAUAAACUCAUUUAGAGAAUCAA